AUUCUUUAAAUUAUAGGUGUGACCCUCUGCCACAGCAGCUGUGGAGGAUUUGUCUUCUCAGUGAAGGGCAGAUGGACCCCAUCAGCUUACUUGGCCUUGAUGGAAAUCGGCUGCACCUUCCAGUUGAGGGUAAAAGACAGCUGUUUGAAAGAGCAGUCAAAGUCAUGCAGAAGAUUACUACGAAGGUUAAUGUCUGCCUCCACUGGGAAAGGAAAACUCCUGUCUGCCAGUCUGUGUGAGUCUCUCUUUGAGGCUCUGCCUCACAUCAGCUCACUCAGUUUCGUGCCUGAGUUAUCAGAACCUUCUGAAGAAAUCAGGAUCUUUGUGAAUCUGUUCUGUGCAGCAGCAGAGAGAGAACAGCAGACAGGAGAGAAGACACUGGAGCUGUUAUCAUCAAUUUGCAGAUAUCAAACACUCCCUCUUAAACAGAAAUGGUGUGAUUUCCUGCUGGACCUGUACUCAAAUGAUCCUGAAACAGGUCUGAGUCUCCUUCCAUCAUUACAGUCAGUUUUCCAGUCAGCUCCUGCAGUCUGGAUCAUAAACCUCUCAGAGAGAAAGAGCUCCAUCCUCCUGGAAGUGCUGAAACUCCAAUCAGCGAAAAAACAAGUGGAGCUGACAGGCUGCUCAGAUGAAGAGAGUGAAGUGAGGAGUUUCCUACAGUGUCUGCCUUAUAUCUCACAGCUCAGUUUCGUGCCUGAUUUAUCAGAACCUUCAGAAGAAAUCAGGAUCUUUGUGAAUCUGUUCUGUGCAGCAGCAGAGAGAGAACAGCAGACAGGAGAGAAGACACUGGAGCUGUUAUCAUCAGUGUGCAGAUAUCAAACACUCCCUCUUAAACAGAAAUGGUGUGAUUUCCUGCUGGACCUGUACUCAAAUGAUCCUGAAACAGGUCUGAGUCUCCUUCCAUCAUUACAGUCAGUUUUCCAGUCAGCUCCUGCAGUCUGGAUCAUAGACCUCUCAGAGAGAAAGAGCUCCAUCCUCCUGGAAGUGCUGAAACUCCAAUCAGAGAAGAAACAAGUGGAGCUGACAGGCUGCUCAGAUGAAGAGAGUGAAGUGAGGAGUUUCCUACAGUGUCUGCCUUAUAUCUCACAGCUCAGUGUUUCUCGGUGGUCAGAUCUUUCUAAAGGAAUCAGGUUCUUUGUGAAUCUGUUCUGUGCAGCAGCAGAGAGAGAACAGCAGACAGGAGAGAAGACACUGGAGCUGUUAUCAUCAGUGUGCAGAGAUCAAACAUUCCCUUUAAAAGACAUGUAUGAUGAUGAAUAUCAGAGCGAUUUCCUGCUGGAUCUGUACUCCCACCUGAAGGACUGUGAGACUAAAACAGGUCUGAGUCUCCUUCCAUCAUUACAGUCAGUUUUCCAGUCAGCUCCUGCAGUCUGGAUCAUAAACCUCUCAGAGAGAAAGAGCUCCAUCCUCCUGGAAGUGCUGAAACUCCAAUCAGAGAAGAAACAAGUGGAGCUGACAGGCUGCUCAGAUGAAGAGAGUGAAGUGAGGAGUUUCCUACAGUGUCUGCCUUAUAUCUCACAGCUCAGGUAUGUUCCUCGGUGGUCAGAUCUUUCUAAAGGAAUCAGGAUCUUUGUGAAUCUGUUCUGUGCAGCAGCAGAGAGAGAACAGCAGACAGGAGAGAAGACACUGGAGCUGUUAUCAUCAGUGUGCAGAUACAAAACAUUCCCUUUAAAAUAUGAGGAGGAUUAUAAUAUUGUCAACUUAAAUGAAUAUCAGAGUAAUUUCCUGCUGGAUCUGUACUCCCACCUGAAGGACUAUGAGACUAAAACAGGUCUGAGUCUCCUUCCAUCAUUACAGUCAGUUUUCCAGUCAGCUCCUGCAGUCUGGAUCAUAAACCUCUCAGAGAGAAAGAGCUCCAUCCUCCUGGAAGUGCUGAAACUCCAAUCAGAGAAGAAACAAGUGGUGCUGAGAGGCUGCUCAGAUGAAGAGAGUGAAGUGAGGAGUUUCCUACAGUGUCUGCCUUAUAUCUCACAGCUCAGUGUUCCUCGGUGGUCAGAUCUUUCUAAAGGAAUCAGGAUCUUUGUGAAUCUGUUCUGUGCAGCAGCAGAGAGAGAACAGCAGACAGGAGAGAAGACACUGGAGCUGUUAUCAUCAGUGUGCAGAUACAAAACAUUCCCUUUAAAAGACAUGUAUGAUGAUGAAUAUCGGAGUAAUUUCCUGCUGGAUCUGUACUCCCACCUGAAGGACUAUGAGACUAAAACAGGUCUGAGUCUCCUUCCAUCAUUACAGUCAGUUUUCCAGUCAGCUGCUGCAGUCUGGAUCAUAAACCUCUCAGAGAGAAAGAGCUCCAUCCUCCUGGAAGUGCUGAAACUCCAAUCAGAGAAGAAACAAGUGGAGCUGACAGGCUGCUCAGAUGAAGAGAGUGAAGUGAGGAGUUUCCUACAGUGUCUGCCUUAUAUCUCACAGCUCGGUGUUUCUCGGUGGUCAGAUCUUUCUAAAGGAAUCAGGUUCUUUGUGAAUCUGUUCUGUGCAGCAGCAGAGAGAGAACAGCAGACAGGAGAGAAGACACUGGAGCUGUUAUCAUCAGUGUGCAGAUACAAAACAUUCCCUUUAAAAGACAUGUAUGAUGAUGAAUAUCGGAGUAAUUUCCUGCUGGAUCUGUACUCCCACCUGAAGGAUUAUGAGACUAAAACAGGUCUGAGUCUCCUUCCAUCAUUACAGUCAGUUUUCCAGUCAGCUGCUGCAGUCUGGAUCAUAAACCUCUCAGAGAGAAAGAGCUCCAUCCUCCUGGAAGUGCUGAAACUCCAAUCAGAGAAGAAACAAGUGGAGCUGACAGGCUGCUCAGAUGAAGAGAGUGAAGUGAGGAGUUUCCUACAGUGUCUGCCUUAUAUCUCACAGCUCAGUGUUUCUCAGCGGUCAGAUCUUUCUAAAGGAAUCAGGUUCUUUGUGAAUCUGUUCUGUGCAGCAGCAGAGAGAGAACAGCAGACAGGAGAGAAGACACUGGAGCUGUUAUCAUCAGUGUGCAGAUACAAAACAUUCCCUUUUAAAGACAUGUAUGAUGAUGAUGAAUAUCAGAGCGAUUUCCUGCUGGAUCUGUACUCCCACCUGAAGGACUGUGAGACUAAAACAGGUCUGAGUCUCCUUCCAUCAUUACAGUCAGUUUUCCAGUCAGCUCCUGCAGUCUGGAUCAUAAACCUCUCAGAGAGAAAGAGCUCCAUCCUCCUGGAAGUGCUGAAACUCCAAUCAGAGAAGAAACAAGUGGAGCUGAGAGACUGCUCAGAUGAAGAGAGUGAAGUGAGGAGUUUCCUACAGUGUCUGCCUUAUAUCUCACAGCUCAGCUGUGAUCCCGAGUUCUUCCAGAGAGUGUGUUCACUGAUCUCUGUCAGAUCCAGAGAGGAGGCCGAGCAGUUGGCCUCUGUGCUGCAGCUGCUGGGCUUCAGCCUGCUGUUAACAGGAGACUUACGCAGGAAAACCUGCCGGUCUGUGGGGACAGUUGUCAGACUUUGUGGCUCUGAUGUAAAUCUCAUCCUCACACCAAGAAAGAUGUCUGUCAGAGGAGCCUCCCUCCUCUUUAGACGUACAACACAACUUCACAGUCUGAAGCUUUCCAUAGACAUGACCUUGUUAAUGUGUCGAUGGGUCAGAAGAGGGAGAGUGGCCUGUCGGCUGACUAUGGAAGAGCUUUCUCUCUCCUCUCAGACUGCCCAGCCAUCAGAGAGAGUGUUGUUGAAGGUUGUCAGUAGUUUGGCUUCCCUGCUGAGAUACUGGACAGUCAGACGGUUAGACCUGACGGAGUUCUGUGUUCCUGCUCAGGGUCUCAUUCCUCUGCUGCUUCAUGAUGGUCCUCUAACAAUCAAACUGAGUGAGAAGGUUUUGCAGCCGCUACUCUCCCUCCUCCAUGAAAUCCAGGAUGAGGCCUUGACCCGUUCCUUCUUGAGGAAGGUUGGUGGAGAGCUGACGUCCUGCUGUCUGAACUGGGAGCUCCUUCACUAUCUGCUGCUGCAGUCGUCAGCUCACACCAUCACUGUGAACAUGAGGAAGAACCGCUUCUUACAGGAGAGCGUCACACGUCUGCUUCCCUUUCUGGACAGGAUUGUGUUCAAAAAACCCUGUUCCAGCUUUGUGUUGACCACCAUCAGAGAGAUCUAUAAAGCUGGAGCCAGUCCCGUUAUACCCAGUUUACUGAGGUCAUUGGAUGAUGUCAUCAACCUGACCUGCAGAGAGAUGGACUCGGAGGACUUUGCUGCUCUGCUCUUCACCCUCAGACACAGUGACCGAGUUCAACUGAACCUCACGUGGACCUCCAUACCAGCAGGGGAAAUAAAGUCCAUCCUCUUAAUGCUGGACAAAGUCUCUCAUCUCAGUGUUGACAGGAAUCAGCUGCUGAGGUUGGUCCACUGCUGCGCUGCCUCUGAGGCCCAGCAGGGGGCAGCAGCCGGCCUGCUCAGGACUCUGCAGCACAGGCUGGAUCUGUCCUGCUGCUCCAGUGUGGAGCUGGAUCAUCAGAGUGACUCUCUCAGUCUGACUGCUGAGGACUGCAGGGCCGUCUCCACCAUCCUGACACACAGCAGCAGAGACACACAGCUCAUCCUGCAGGACUGUGAGCUGGAGGACAGCGGCCUGGACCUGCUGUUUCCUGUCCUGCACAGAGUCCGUCUCAGAGCCAGUAAAGCUGUCCUCCUCCGGCUGGUGUCCCUGGUUCCUGUGAACAGUGAGAGGGACUCAGUGAGACGGGCAGUGUCCCUCCGUACAGCCCUGGAUGGAGAGCUGGACCUCAGUCACAGCACACUGGAUCAGAGGGCCUGUGGAGCUCUGGCCCUGAUGCUGGACUUCAGUGAAGAGCUGCCAGAGCUGGACCUGAGUCACUGUGGACUCACUGAUCAGCUGCUGCUCACACUCAGCGCACAUCUGCACAAAGUACAAGUCCUGGAUCUGAGUCACAAUAACAUCACGGAUGCUUCAACUGACAUGUUACUGCGACUGUCCAUCAACCCCUCCACUGACACCGUGCGACUCUUCGGGAACAACAUUGUGGACAGAACAUCCUUUAAGGAAGACCAGCGCUUUGAGAUCUGGUGAAGCAGUCGUCAGUGUGUAAGAUCUCCUUCUACCACCUCAGGAACAUUUCCAAACUCCGUCUCACACUCUGUCAGAUGCAGAAUAACACCGUCCACAGCUUUGCCUCCUGAAGGUGGGACUACUGUAACGUUCUCGUCAUCAGGACUUCUAGCUGAGCCUUCGAGAGCUUCACUACAUCCAGAACAGCGCCGCUAGGAUCCUAAUGAAGGUACGAAAAUACCACCACAUCACACCCAUCCUUCACUCUCUCCACUGGCUUCCUGUCUCGUUCAGGAUCAAGUACAACAUCUCGCUGCUCACCCAUCAGUGUAUCCAUGGAAACGCCCCUCCCUACCUCACACCACAAACCUCCUGACGUGACCUCCGCUCCAGAAACAAAGUCCUUCUUCUGCUCAGCCGCUCCUCUUCUGUGGAGUUCCUCCCAGACCACCUGAGGGCUCCUUCAGGGACACAAACAUAUUUCUCUUUCAGAAAGCCUUCUCCUAAACUUUGUAUUUUUAUGCUCCUGUUUUUAAUAUUGUUUACUCUGUAGCACUUUGGGAUUGCUUUUAACAAAGAAAAGUGAAACAUCAGGAUUUAUCUCUUUUAUUUAUGAUGACUGAGAUUGUUCUGUUGGGAUCAUCUUUAUAAUGACUGUUUUUGUAUUUUGUAAUAACACGUCAGGAUCUCAGGAGAAUUAUCUUAAAAUGUGAAUAUGAGUAUGAUUUUAGUUUUGGUUUUAAAGAGACUGACUUUGUGUCAGGAACAGACCUCGUUCUGAGACUCGGAGACCCAGGUUCAUAUUUUCUGGAAAUGCAAUAACUAUUCUAAAGUCUUGUGAAAUGUAGAGCUCUAAAUAUGUUCAAUAAAUACUUGAUAUGAAAGGGUCAAACGCCUGCAGCCACAUUAAAUGUAAUGCUGUAUUUUGACAUAUGUUUGAUUUACAGUAGUUAUUACAAUCAUGUUAGAGAGUAUUCAUCUUUUAUAACAGAAACCUACUGGUUCAUAAGGUCUUUACAAAAGUUGUUUUUGGAAAUAAUCUGAUUUAUGCAGCAUUUAGAAGUCUGUAUCUGUUGAGAAUGAAGCGUUUAAAGUGAACAACUGAGUUUGAACUUAAAUAAAAAGUGUCUUUACUCUUCUUGUCCACAUCUGACCUGUAAGCAAAUGUACGGAGCUCUCUUUAGGACCGGUUCCUCUGGGAACAUGGAGCAGCACACUUUAGUUCCUCCACAGUUUUAGGACCAGGACCUUGGCGGGCGGAGCUGGUAAAGUGUGAAUGAAAUGCUGCUGAACCCUUCAGGGAUCAGCCUGCUGAGAUGUUCUGCAGCAGCAGCCCCCUCAGCACUGCUGACUCAUGAGGAAUACACAAGUAGGAGGAUUUGAGACAAACAUUUCCAGAUCAGUUUAAAGCCCUGAUGGUUCUGUUGGACCACUGAAACCAGCAGGUGGAGAGUUUAACACGAGCUCAGCUUACUGUAAGGGAUCAAACCCCUGGUCUUUAUUUUGGGGAAAUAAAAUGAAUAAACGGUCUAAAAGCUCUGCUGGUGUCGGUGUUCUUUGUCUCAUUGUUAGAUGUUAAUAUGUGCUGGUUUUGUUUUUAUGAGCUCCACCUUAAUGUCUUAAAGCUUCAGUUCACUUCAAUAACUUUAUACAUCUCACUAAUAAAACUGGAGAUGAACUCAA